AUGAACUGUGAUUCAGACUCUUUGGACUGUGGCACUAUUGGACUUUUAACUGACUUAUGUUUAAGUUUUUCCAAGUGGACUAUUAUCGGUACAGUGCCUUUAAUAGGAUAUUGUGUUGACGAUUCCUUGUUUUUGGUCUACGAAUACAUUGAGAAUGGAAACUUAAGUCAACAUCUGUGUGGUUCAGGAAGGGAACUAUUGCCAUGGUCUACUAGGGUACAAAUUGCCCUUGAUUCAGGUUGUGAAAACGCAUAUGAGAAUGGUAAAUCAUCAAUCUUCAUUGUCUCUUUUUUGACUAGACUAGUUAUUCCACAGGUUGCUGAUUUUGGGCCGACAAAACUGACAGAAGUUGGGUCUGCUUCCUUGCACACAUCUCAUGGGUACUUUUGGCUACAUGCCUCCGGAAUACAUGUAUAUGCUUUUGGGGUUGUUCUUUACGAACUAAUAUCUGGUAAAGAAGCAAUUAUCAAGACAAAUGAAGUUGUCACUGAAUCGAAGGGACUCAUUGCAUUGUUUGAGGAAGUACUUAGUCAGACUGAUCCUGGAGAAGGUCUUUGCAAACUAGUUGAUCCCAGGCUUGGUGACAGCUACCCACCUGACUCGGUGCGAAAGAUGGUCCAACUUGCCAGAGCUUGCACACACGGAAAUCCUCAGUUGAGGUCAAGCAUGAGGUCCAUUGUGGUUGCGCUUAUGACACUCUCAUCAUCAACCGAGGAUUGGGACAUCGGCUCCUUCUGUGGAAACCAGGGUAUGGUUAAUCUUAUGUCUGGAAGGUAG